UUUAACGUACGAGCCAACUGGGUCAAAAAAGGUUGCCGUAAAGACUACGCAAGAGAAAUGGUGUUGCUCUUUAGCGAUCGAAAUCAAGCCUCUAAAGCCAGGAUAAACUGGAACCAUUGGCAGCCUUAUCUCUUUAGGUAAGGAGGUGGGUGGGCAACAGUUACCGAGAAAACCAUAGCGAUACGUUUAAGUUUAAUGUUUCUUUUCAUCCAAUCUGAUAAUUCCAAGGAAAAACUUAAUUCCCAUUCUAGAGCUACUGUCCUUUCAUAUUCUUGAAGUGACUUAGACCUGGAAGUGACUUGUCUAUGAUCAAAUUAAAAAACCUUGGAAAACAACAUUACAAAAUAAUAUAAUAAGAUGAGGCCAUUCACUCGCAUCGGAUAAAGUAAAAAAUGAAGAAAAAUAAACAACAAUGAUAAUAAAACUAUUAAUAAAACAAAAUAAAUAAAUUUAUAACACAUAUAGGGUAUGAGUUCUACUUACACUACCUUGAGUGCAAAUAGCUCAACUGAGAAGGCCAUUUUGAAAGUCUAUAGAAUCUUUUUAAUAACAGAACAGAAUUAUAAGCUUAAGACUAGAUUCAGUCACAGAUAGGUCACUGACGUCUUGUAGCAUACCAGCAUGACAGCUCCUGCUUGUAGUGAAUAUAUAUAGCAUGGUGGGUAUAAACCGUUAAAAGUGUCAUAAUCAAAAAAAAGACAUUAGAGUCUCUUUCGGGCUGGAAACAGUUUCGUUUCUAGAUGGCGAUGUGACCUCGAAACAGCCAAGAGAGCGUCUUAUGUUUAAUUCUGUUAAAUACGUUUACUGCUCUUACCAAAGCUCUAACUCUCUAAUCGUUAAAAUCUGCCAAGGGUACGUAUAUCCCAUCACGGCAGAUGCGCAAAUGUGCAUGUGCUUAUGUUAAAAUAUAACCAUGGUGCCUGAGUGUUGAUGAAAAAAAGUUCCUGGGUCAGCGUUUUUAAAGAUGGCACAUGACGGCAAUUUUGAAGGCCUCCAGUGACUGUUUUUCAAUGACACUAUUUGGUAAAGAGUUCCAGUCUCUUAUUGUACGUGCAGUAAAACUGUGUUAGUAUUCGUUUGUUUUGGCACUAACUUGAAUGAAUUUCGCAGGAUGGAAUUGCCUAGUGCCCUGUCGCCUUUUAAAUAAUAAAAUAAAUAAUAUAUAGGAUAGUGCUGCACCAUCGUGUAGAACGAAACUAUAUGGUAAUAAAAUUCCUAGUCAAAUCUCCAGUUGAUAAAACAUUGUACUUCUAGUAUUCUCGUUCUAGUCCUUCUAUUGAGCACUCUGACACCAGCUUUGCAUCAGCUGAAAUCGAGUAGGGUGGAACCUGUAUAGCUGAUAGACCGGAAGCUUCUUUAUGUUACUUUGUCUGGUCUCUUUCUGUGGGAUGACCACAACCUUUAAAAUGCUCAUAAAACUGAUCACAUACAAUUUGAUGUACACCUUAAUUUUCUCAGUUUAGCAAACCGCUGUGCAUCAGAAGCUAGACGUCAAAACCUCCAGUGGUUUGCACUGCAAUAUUACGGAGAAUGCUGGGCAAGAAAUGGCUCUCUUAGUCAACUACUGCCAAGGUAAUGACCUUGCUGAUAAGAAAAAACGAUCAACAGCUUAAGCGACAUGCCAGUUUCUUUAUUAUCCGACAUAAGUGUUUGUAUUUAACAAUUAUUCCUCGAGCCCGAAUGGGCUCGGAGUCAAUAGCCCAUGAGGCCGAAGGCCGAAUGGGCUACUGACUCAGAGGCCAUGAGGGCGAGAGGAAUAAUUGUUUUAGUAUCGAGAAUAAAAAGCUUUUAGCUAGUUAAAGCUAGACUUUAAUCCUUUUUUGCCGCCAAAAGGCCCGCGCUUUUCGCUGCUAUUGGGCUAUAACAUAUAGCCUAGUAGUAGCUCAACCAAUCAGAACGAAGCAUUGAUAAUAGGCCACUAGUUGGAUUUUACUAAUAAUGGAUAUCCUCCUCACAGUGUCCUCGGGUCCGUUUCUCGAACGUUCCGGCGGCUUUUCAAGUCCAGAGUCAUAUGUCAAAACAAGAAAAUCAAAAUCUAAACGGGUUCUAACCAAAAGACCAGCCUAAUUUUUUCCUAAACUUAGAUUUUCAUGUAGCAUUUAUUUCAAAAUAAUUAUUGGCGUUUUAGCAUAAAUAUGCAAAAAAUAUCUUUCCGUAAAGCAUUAAAUAGACUACCAAGAAACUGGUUCUUAAUAUAUUCUUAUAUUCAGUAACAUCCUAGUAUUUGAAACUGUUACAGUGUAAAGAACUCAGAGGGAACCACCUAUUAAAAUAAUCAGAUUAAUCCGCCAAUCACAAGUCACGUUCACAAAAAAGGCCAAUGAAAAGUACAGUGAGAACACGUCUUUAGGAUUUCAAUCCAAGCUCAGUUAGGCCCAAGUUGAUUUCGCUGCACCGUCAAAGUGUCUGAUGAGGACCAUCAAGCAUGAAGGACGACAACUGAAACUGAACCAAAAAACACUGGAGAGAGUUCACAAGUUUGACUGGGUAUAAAAAUGGCUGGAUUUUAAAAUGGUUGACUAACAAUUUGAAUCUAAAUAAAUUGAUGUCUUUUUCUUCUCGAUCCAGUGCCAAUUUAGCCCCUUUUGUAGAUCAAGGCAUACAACUUCAUGCGCAGCUUAUACAAAAAAUUUGAAGAAUUCUUCAACACUGUGGCCUCUUACAUGUAAUUUUAUGCAAGAAGUAAGUUAACAUCUCGGGCGUCUUAGACACAAUCGUAUUUUCAUCCUGUGUCCUCAUUGCUUUAUUCCACCAAUUCUAAGUACAAGAGUCCAUCCACAUCGGCACCAACAUGUCGGCCGGAAACCAACAAAAACAUCUGUCACCGAGUUUUUCUACAAAAACGUAAAUUUACCCCUCAAAGAGGUCAUAAACAUUAAGUGAAACUUUUUCUAAUACAUGAGCUGUUCAGAUAACAAAAUUUCCCGAAAUAAGUCAACCUGUAUGACAGCUCUCUUUGCCGCCACGUAAAUGCCGCGUCACGAAAAAGCUCAGAAAUAUUUUAAGCGUACUCUUCUAUAACAAAACCAAGAACCCUUUCGAAGCGAAAAUUUUAUUUGAAUGAAAAUUAGUUUUCAGCUGCUCUAAUACAUUAUGAAAGUAAAAUCUCAGUAGGAUCCAUAGUUUUGUAGUUUAAAUUUUAGUGACUUCAUGUGAAAACCAACAAUUGCUCAUUUGUUUUCAAUUUGUAGAAAAUAGAGAAAAUUUCAAACGUUUUGCGCAGAAGAAAAAGCUGCAUUUCUAUACCUAAAAGCAUUAUAUAACAAGGUGAAACGCUCUUUGAUUUGCAUAAUGUAAUCAGAUCAUACUCAGCCUCCUUCCACAAUUGCUGAAGGCUAAGGAUAAAUACUAACUCAAAAGGUCUGAGUAAACCAGCCCAUGAGGCAUCACUGUUCAGGCUGCAAUUCUCCGACAUUUGAUUGAAAUUAAUAUCGCCAAUUUUUAUUCUACCCUUUCUAAAAGGUACCCGAAGGAUUCGGAAGGCAAUUGUGUGGGAGAAUCGUUCAAACCGUGUGAACAAGAAGAUCCUAAAUCACUUUGCGUAGGAAGAGCUUACAGAGCUUACUUCUAUGAGUUUAGAGACAAGCAAAACCUCUCGUAUCAAAUACCAGUUGGUGGGGGAUACGGUGAGUCUUACAUGUUUUACAGUAAAAAAUCUUUAUAUUUAUCCUGUUUUUACCUCACCUGAAGUGUCACGUGUAAUUCGCCGCUCCCUCCCUGUAGGUUGCCAGAAAGCUGUAGACGUUGCAUUCGUCAUCGACACAUCCGGGAGUGUAAAGCAAGUUAAUUUCAACAAAGUGAUUCAGUUUCUCAAAAUGUUCGUCGACCGCUUUGACUUUCCAGAUAGCGGGACCAGGUAACUCCUUAAAUUUCUGUUAUGAUCGUUUAGCUGCAAAGUAACCGAGCCUCCUCGAAAGAAAAAAUACCGGCCAAUCACAAGUUGAAAUGACUUGUUGGUUGCUAGCCUCAUCCCGUUUUAACGUGGGUGCAGUUGGACUUGCGGAAUGAAUUUGUUACCCUAUGAGUGUCAUGGAGAGGGAUUGAAAGGGAAACUGAGAAGGGUCAAAUGUCACUGACCCCCGAAGACUGCAGUUAAAGUUUCAGCGACCCAAAUUGAAGAGGUUAUUGAUAAGUCGUUUUGAAAACCCUUUUAUGGAUUUUUAAGUGUGAUGGCUAGCAAUCGAUCCAAUCCCUUUUUUCAUCGCAAAAGCUCUUACAGAUAUUUCAAACCAAAAUAUCAUCAAAAACUGGUCAGACUUCAGCGAAGAUGCUAUUUAGCCUACUCCUUAAAAAUAACUUACUGUCGAGGUUCUAUCCUAGUUAUAUAUAGCGAGCACGUUUGAAAAGUAAAGCGGUAAUUGAAGCCAGAUUAUUGGGCCGAUUGGUUUUUCCUCUCGCGCCGCUCCUCGUAUCGUCCCAGUCCUUCUCGUCAUAGACUAAGAGCUUUUUUGAGCAAACGGGAUUACUGCGAGAGGGAAAUUCGAAAAAGAAACAAUAUGAUAUCAAACCUUUUUAAUAGCAAGAAAAAGUCUUUCUUUUUUUCAGAAGCACAUAAUACAAAUUCUUUAUUUUUCUGAUCGUUAAGGUUUGCACUAAUGAGGUUCGACCAUAGAGUUUGUAUCGACUUCAUGUUAGAAGAUUCAGUUUUUUACUCUCUACACGAGAUGAAAAACAAAAUCAGCAAGAUGAGGUACAAAGGAGGUUCUACUUUCACUCAACUGGCUUUAAAGGAAGUUAAGGACAAAAUAUUCCAGGGAGCCACCCGCGCAGGUGUGCCCAAAACAUGCAUUCUCAUGACAGACGGAAAGACUUAUGGAGGGAGCGAUAAGGUUAUACAACCUUCCAAGGAUCUUAGAGUAAGUUAAAAUGGAUUAUAAAACCGGUGAAGGGCCUCUUUAUAUAGGAGCAUGGAUGUCGACACCUCACUAGCGCAGAUAGUCUAGGGGUGCUUUACAUUACAUUGUCGGAAAUCUCGGUCGAGAAAUAUAGGGAACACUUCGGUCUGCGUAGAAAUUUUCUGUACAAAGUGGUCCAGUUCCAGAGGUGGUGCUCUUGACCGGUCGGUUCGGUCCAACCGAAACUUGCCAUACCAUUUCCAAAAAUUCUCGUUUCCAGACCUACUUUGGUAGCAUUAAUCAAAAUUUGGAUCGCUUCGAUUUGAUUGGAAACUUUGCUUCCACUGAACAAUGUCAUUGCAUUUUCUCUUAUGGAUAAUUCCACUGGUUUCUGACCGUUUGAUUUGGCAAAAUGGAAAGCAAAAAUAAAUAUAUAUAUUUAUUUAGCACGAAAGUACUAAUUGGGGACACUAUAUUUUACGUCUCCAACUGGAGACGGGACGGGACCGCCAUUUUACGUGGUCAUCCGAGCCACGCGAAGGUCUAACCUGUUGCAGUGCAAAGGGAGUACCUUCAUUUCUCGGAUAUUUUAAGACCCUGAGUAUUGGUCCGGCCCAAGGAAUCGACCCCGCGACCUCCCGCUCUGAAGUCAACACGCUCUACCGAAUGAGCUAACACUGACGCGGUAAAAGCACCCUAGGACUUUCCAAUUUCUCCUGGGUAUUACAGUAGUCUCAAGAGAAAUCGAAGACAAUGGUUAAGGAAAGUUUUGAUGGGUAAACAAGGUGCAUUAUGGUCUAGGGAAAAAUGAAUAGUGAGUUUAUAUGCACAGCGGACAAGGGACGGCAACGUCCUCAAGGGAUCUAAUUUUUAAUUGAACGUUCUUCUUUGUAGUCUUUAGGUGUUCACAUGAUAGCAAUUGGUGUCGGAGACGAUGUAGAUACUCGUGAACUUCGGUACAUUGCUGGUAAAAAUGUUAUACUGUCGAGCUCAUUUGACGAGGUUCUGACUAAAGCCGAUCGCCUUAUUGACCAGCUAACUCUUGGAGCUUGCAGGGAAGUAUACUAG